AUGGGUUUGGACCGUUCUGACUAUCGAGCGGGAAUGGCACCCGCCUCUCCUUUACAAGAUCGGUACCUGGUGCUAGUGAUUCGAGCUAACCAUAACCUGCCUAGCGACUGCUCAAAGGAGCAAGCGCCGUCUGACAAUUGGCUGCAGCGCAUGUGGGAUGUUGCCAAACGAGCCAUUCUCGUCAGAAUCGGGACACGGAUGUACAGCGUGGAAAUACGCGCGGAUACGAGCGAUCAUCCAGGGGCAGUUGGACUGUCUCCUCCACAUCAGCCAUCCUCCCGUGCAGAUUUGAUUCCUUCAUCUUACUCCGUACAAGGGUUUGCUUAA